AUUCAAACUAUGCAAUGCUUAUACACCAGCACAGAUACUUCAAUAGAUGAUGUUUAUUAUGAAGAUGAGCCUAGUAUUUCAUAAAUCAAAGAAUUUAGAGAAACCUUUUUUAUCAAUAGGUUGAAUUCUGAAAAAAAGGAAUCAAGAAAAGUCAGUUUCAAUGAAUUAGAAGUUGUUCUCUUAUUUGAAGAAUCUGAUCCUCCACUUAUGGUAAGUGAAGAUUUGAUUCUCUACCAAAAACAAACAGGAACAAACCUUAAACUCUCUAGAUAUCCAACUACUUCAAUAUUGAAAAAAGGAAUAUGAAUUUAAUAAUAAAUUGAUAUAAAAC